AUUUGAGCAGAAGAAACGUCACUGACAAAUCUUGCCAUUUAAUCGCCCUCCGGCUCGACUCGUUUUCUUCCGCACACAACUUCAAUAUGGCGCGAGUUCGUGUGAGAUUAGGCAACUGGAACCGAUUAAAUCGAAAAUGGGAACAUCGUGUGAGCAUGAUGAAGACAAUGGUCACACAGCUGCUAGAAAAGGAGAGGAUCCGCACGACACUGGCAAAGGCGAAAACGCUGCAGCGGUAUGCGGACAAGGUCAUCACGCUCGGGAAACAGGGCACACGGGACGCCUGGGUGGAGGCGAGCGGCAUUGUACGGACGGACCGGGAGCUGCACAAGCUGUUCACCCAGAUGGCGCUGCGCUACCGGGAGCGGUCGGGGGGCUUCACGCGGCUGGUGCGGGCGGGGUGGCGCGAGCGGGAUGCGGCGCCCGUGGCGUUUGUCGAGCUGGUGGACCGAGUGGGCGAGCUGCGGCCAGCCAGCCCACCCGUGCCUCGGCCGAACCCCUUCUCAGUCCGCUCGUGGGUGCAACAGCAGCUGGGGCAGCCGGUGCGGGAGCCCUCGCCCCUCCUGCCGCCAGCUGUGCAGCAAUACCUGCGAGACGAGAACCGGCUUGCGGCCCGAUCAGCCUCGGUUGCUCAGCUGGGCGAUGGAAGGUCUUAAACAGGCACUGCUGUGUGCGCGGCGGUGUGCUGUUUAGUGCAUAGUGAAUUAGUGCUGGCAUGGGGAAUGCAUGGCUUAGGGAGAAGCAGGUUUAGGACAACGGGACCUUACUGUAUUUAGUUCUGACGCCAAUGGGGGCAAAUUUACACCUCACUAGACUAGAACAAUGCUGAGAGCAGGUGGACCCUGGGUGGACUGCCCAUUAUGAUAUCUGGUACGCCGUACUGCCCGUCAGUCCCGUGCUGUACAAGCAAAAGGGCUGUUGUACGAGCAAGUACCCAUACCACCUUUUGAUUCGCUAUGGUGCGCCUAAGCUGCGCAAUGAACCCUUACCUAGGACAAGUGGAGUAUCAGCCGUCGCUUUCGGCACCAACCUCCUGUUGCAUAUUGUAAGUGCUUUUGCUUCUCCGCCAUUCCAACACCCCUCCAACCCCUGAA